GUACUCAAAUGGAAACGUGUUUUGAGCGUGGGAAACCUUGUUAAUUUUGUAUUCAACGUUGAGUUUUUCAUGAAUUUCAGCGUAUGAUUAUAUUUUACAUUGCUAUGACAAAUAAUUUUGUCCUUUAACCUAAUACUUUAGUUCUAUGAAAUCUGAUUAGCUUUGAUAUACGAAAUUUUGUCAGAGCAAGGAAAAUUAAUUGUAAACAAUGGCUAGAAAUGCUGAAAAGGCGAUGACGGCCCUGGCACGGUGGAGAGAUGCCCAGUUAGCCGAAGCAAGAGGUGAAAAGGAGAGACGGCCAUUCAUUGCCUCAGACUGUGACGAACUUCCUAAAGCGGAGAAAUGGCGCCGCCAAAUCAUAGGAGAGAUCUCGCGCAAAGUCGCGCAAAUUCAGAAUGCCGGUCUGGGAGAGUUCCGGAUUCGUGACCUCAACGACGAAAUCAACAAGCUGCUGCGGGAGAAAGGUCACUGGGAGGCGCACAUUCGCGAACUAGGGGGCGCUGAUUAUGCACGUAUCGGCCCCAAGAUGCUAGACCAGGAGGGCAAGGAGGUUCCUGGGAACCGUGGCUACAAGUAUUUCGGUGCAGCGAAGGAGCUGCCGGGCGUCCGGGAGCUGUUUGAGCAGGAGCCGCCGAAGCAGCCGCGCAAGACGCGCGCAGAGCUCAUGAAGAACAUCGACGCAGACUACUACGGUUACCGUGACGAUGACGACGGCAUCCUCAUCCCGCUCGAGAGGCAGAGAGAAGAGGAAGCCAUCAGCGCGGCCGUAUCGAAGUGGCAGGCGGAGAAGGAAGCUGGCCUCAUGGAGACGUCUGAGGGAAAGCCGGAGGAGGAAGAGGAAGAGGACAUCUACGCUGUGGCUCCGGAAGCUGAGGUGAUGCAGACUUGCACGGAGGCGCGCACCUGGACAAUCACUCGUACACAAACACGAACGCGUGCGCAUGCAUAAAUAAACACGCGCGCGUGCGCACGCAUACACACAGACAGGCAUGCACACGCACCCAUGCUCUACAAUAAUACUCUACUUUGAAGUGCAUCUCUGUAUGUAGAUAGUCACAUGAUUUUCCCAGGAAAAAGAUAGACAAUAUACCUACACGCGCAAACACACAUCUACUAUAU